UAACCGUUUGCCUCGUCUUGAUGCAAACCGGGCUCAUUAGGGAUCUGGGUACGAAUUAUCUUCCUCUUCCCUUCGCUCUCCAAGAGGAACAARAUGGUGAACGUACCGAAGCAGCGACGUACUUAUUGCAAGGGCUCGAAAUGCCAACGACAUACUGUCCACAAAGUUACACAGUAUAAGACAGGCAAAGCCAGUCUUUUCGCCCAAGGUAAGCGUCGUUAUGAUCGCAAACAAUCUGGAUUUGGAGGUCAGACGAAGCCUAUCUUCCACAAGAAGGCCAAAACAACAAAGAAAAUUGUGCUUCGUAUGGAAUGCACACAGUGCAAGUACAGGAAACAAGUUGCAUUGAAAAGAUGUAAGCACUUUGAGCUUGGUGGUGACAAGAAACGAAAGGGACAAAUGAUCCAGUUUUAAGUUGGUGCUUUGAAUUUCUGUACAA